AGCAGGACCAGGACCAGGACCCUGAGCAGGACCAGAGUCACUGAGUUCCUGAUGGAUCAGAACCGUGCGAGCCGCUGAGAGACCAACCCUCCGGCCGCGGUGGAGGCGGAGCACCUGCUGGGACGGAGGAUGACCUGCUGGAAGGAGGGCGUCGGCCUCCUGCUGGUUCUGCUGGUCCUGCUGGACCUGAACCCGCUCGCCGGGCGGUCGACUCGUCAGCGCAGCUUGAGGCGUCGGACUCGAGGGCACCACGAACGCCGGGCGCUCCAAAACAUCACGUUGGCCGUCAUUCUACCGCAGAGCAACACAGAAUACCCGUGGGCGUGGCCUCGCGUGGGCCCGGCGCUGGAGCGGGCGAUCCGGACCGUGAACGCCGACCCCUCGCUGCUCCCGGACCACCGGCUCACCUACGCCUUCGAGAACAGCGAAGACCACAACGGGAUCUGCUCCGAGUCCAUCGCGCCGCUCAUGGCGGUGGACCUGAAGUUCGCCCAUGACCCGUGGGCGUUCCUCGGGCCGGGCUGCUCCUACACCGCCUCGCCCGUCGGGUUCUUCACCAACCACUGGGACGUUCCCAUGGUAACAGCGGGCGCUCCGGCCGUGGGCUUUUACGACGGAGUUUACCCGUCCAUCACCAACACAGGCCCCACCCACAAGAAGCUGGGCAGGUUCGCCCUGCGGAUCUGCGAGCACUUCGGCUGGCGGCGCCACGUGAUGCUGAUGUUCAGCGACACGAAGGUCGGCGACCGGCCGUGCUACUUCGCUCUGGACGGUUUGUACUCGGAGCUGAAGAGCGCCAACAUCACGCUCGUGGACAGCGUGUUCGACGAGAGCAAACAACCGAUCAACUACGCCCAGAUCCUCGCCGACAUCCAGAGCGACAGCCGAGUGAUGUUCGUCUGCUGCUCGCCCGAUGUCUUCAGGAAGCUGAUGGUCCAGUUCCGUCGGGCCGACCUCCCCCACGAGCAGUACGUCUUCUUCUACAUCGACGUGUUCGGAGACAGUUUGAACCUGAAGCACCGGCGAGCGUGGGCCCGCGGCGACCAGGACGACGCCGUCGCCAGGGAGGCGUUCCAGAGCGUGAAGAUCCUGACGUAUCGAGAGCCUCAGAAUCCAGAGUACAGAGAGUUCGUCCACAACCUGAAGACGGACGCCAUCCAGAUGUUCAACUUCACCAUCGAGGACACGCUGAUGAACAUCAUCGCUGGAGGCUUCUACGACGGCCUGAUGCUCUACACGCGCGCUCUGAACGAGAGCCUGGCUGCGUCCGGCGCCGCUCGCCCUCCGGGGACGGACGUCACCAAGAGGAUGUGGAACCGAACGUACCACGGUGUAACAGGACUGGUCCACCUGGACGAGAACGGAGACAGAGAGACGGACUUCGCUCUGUGGGACAUCGACACCGACACCAGCACGUUCCAGAUCGUUUUGGUGUAUAACAGUUUGGAGGAGGAGCUGACGGCCGUACCUGGGACCACGGUGCACUGGCUGGGCGGAGCUUGUCCUCCCGACGUUCCCGUCUGCGGCUUCAAGAACGACAACCCCGUCUGCCUCGCUAAAACGGUCACAAUCCAACAGAUGGUUUCCAUCGUGCUCUUCUUCAUCUUCACCAUGAGCCUCACCAUCGCUGUCUUCGUCUACAGGAAGAUGAAACUGGAGAAGGAGCUGGUGGCUCAGCUCUGGAGAAUCACCUGGGACAACAUCCAGAUGAGCAACCUGGACAAAGUGCUGCGCAGCGGCAGCAGGAUCACACUGUCACUGAGAGGCUCUAACUACGGCUCCCUGAUGACGGCAGAUGGGAACAUGCAGGUGUUUGCAAAGACCGGUUACUACAAGGGAAACAUCAUCGCCAUCAAAUACACCAACAGGAAACGCAUCGAGCUGAACAGGAUGGUUCUGUUUGAACUCAAACACAUGCGCGACGUUCAGAAUGAACAUCUGACCCGGUUCAUCGGAGCCUGCAUCGACCCGCCCAACAUCUGUAUCAUCACAGAGUACUGUCCCCGAGGGAGUCUGCAGGACAUCCUGGAGAACGACAGCAUCACUCUGGACUGGAUGUUCAAAUAUUCUCUUAUCAACGACAUUGUGAAGGGUAUGGUCUUCCUCCACAACAGCGUCAUCGUCUCUCAUGGUAAACUCAAGUCGUCCAACUGUGUCGUGGACAACCGCUUCGUCCUGAAGAUCACAGACUACGGUUUGUCCAGUUUUCGCUACGACGCCGACUCGGGGAAAGACGCUCACGCCUUCUACGCCCAGAGACUGUGGAUGGCUCCAGAGCUGCUCAGGAUGGAGUCCCCCCCGCCUCAGGGAACUCAGAAAGGAGACGUCUACAGCUUCAGCAUCAUCCUCCAGGAGGUGGCGCUGCGCCGAGGAGCCUUCCACCUGGAGGCCGACCCGCUCAGCACUAAAGAGAUCGUGGACCGGGUGGUUCUGGGCGAGUGGCCGUGCCUGAGGCCGAGCGUCGACCCUCAGGUCCACAGCCCCGAGCUGGGUCAGCUGAUGCAGCGCUGCUGGGCGGAGGAGCCCACGGAGAGACCCGAGUUCAGCCACAUCCAGCUGCUGCUGCGCAAACAGAACAAGGAGUCGAGGACCAACAUCCUGGACAACCUUCUGUCUCGUAUGGAGCAGUACGCCAACAACCUGGAGGAGCUGGUGGAGGAACGGACGCAAGCGUAUCACGAAGAGAAACGCAAGGCCGAGGUUCUGCUCUACCAGAUCCUCCCACACUCAGUAGCAGAGCAGUUGAAGCGAGGUGAGACAGUUCAGGCCGAGGCCUUCGACUCCGUCACCAUCUACUUCAGUGACAUCGUGGGCUUCACCUCCAUCUCUGCAGAGAGCACGCCCAUGGAGGUUGUGACUCUGCUCAACGACCUCUACACAUGUUUUGAUGCCAUCAUCGACAACUUUGAUGUUUACAAGGUGGAGACCAUCGGCGACGCCUACAUGGUUGUGUCCGGCCUCCCGGUGAGGAACGGGAAGCUGCACGGCAGAGAGAUCGCCCGCAUGGCCCUCGCCCUGCUGGACGCCGUCCGCACCUUCAGGAUCCGCCACCGGGCGGAGCAGCAGCUGAAACUGAGGAUCGGGAUCCACAGCGGCCCGGUGUGUGCAGGCGUGGUGGGGUUGAAGAUGCCACGCUACUGUCUGUUCGGUGACACCGUCAACACGUCGUCACGGAUGGAGUCCAGCAGCGAAGCGCUGAAGAUCCACGUGUCUGCGGCGACUCGCGAAGUCCUCCUGGAGUUCAACUGCUUCCAGCUGGAGCUGCGAGGAGAGAUCGACGUCAAGGGCAAAGGAAAGAUGACCACCUAUUGGCUGCUGGGAGAGAGCGACAGCCAAUGAGGAGACACCACGGAGAAGAGGACGGCAGGUCCGGCCGUCUUCGACCUGCAGCGUCACUCAUCACCUCCGGGGGCGUUUCUCUUUGUGGACGAACGGACCUCGAUCGUUACAGAUUCCACAACCUGGAGGAAAGAGACGUUCGUAUGUAACUGUGACAGAUGUGAGAAACCAACUCCAGAUGUGAGAAACCAAACUCCAGAUGUGAGAAACCAACUCCAGAUGUGAGAAACCAAACUCCAGAUGUGAGAAACCAACUCCAGAUGUGAGAAACCAACUCCAGAUGUGAGAAAUCAACUCCAGAUGUGAGAAACCAACUCCACAUGUGAGAAACCAAACUCCAGAUGUGAGAAACCAAACUCCAGAUGUGAGAAACCAACUCCAGAUGUGAGAAACCAAACUCCAGAUGUGAGAAACCAAACUCCAGAUGUGAGAAACCAACUCCAGAUGUGAGAAACCAACUCCAGAUGUGAGAAACCAAACUCCAGAUGUGAGAAACCAACUCCAGAUGUGAGAAACCAAACUCCAGAUGUGAGAAACCAACUCCAGAUGUGAGAAACCAACUCCAGAUGUGAGAAAUCAACUCCAGAUGUGAGAAACCAAUUCCAGAUGUGAGAAACCAAACUCCACAUGUGAGAAACCAAACUCCAGAUGUGAGAAACCAAACUCCAGAUGUGAGAAACCAACUCCAGAUGUGAGAAACCAAACUCCAGAUGUGAGAAACCAAACUCCAGAUGUGAGAAACCAACUCCAGAUGUGAGAAACCAACUCCAGAUGUGGACAGGAUGUGACUGACGGAGCACAGACGGAUUCUUCUCUUUUCUAUGUUCAACUUUUACAGUCAGAGCUUUACAGAGAAGAAUCUGAAUUUGGGAUUCUAGAGCUUCCUGCCUCAGAGGAUCAGGAGCAGCGAGCCAAUCAGAAGCGAGCGAGUCCACGAGGGACCACGAGGCUACGUCCGCACCAAACACUCCACUGUUGCUAUGGUGACGCCUGCUGUCCACACUAAGGGAGACAUUUGUAAACGUGCUGUCUUGUUUUCGUUAAGUUAAUUGAGUAAAAUUGUAAUAUUACAGCAAAAAAGAUAUUUACCAGCGUGAAGUUGUAGUUUUACAUCACGUUACAUUAAAAACUUUUUAAUCCAGAUUCUCCAUAUUCCCAUGUAGAAGGGGGGGGGGGGGAUGAGUGACGGUACAUCAGCUCUGUUGCUGGGCAACAGCCAUACAUGUGGGUGAAGCUGGUGACUCCAGACGUGUGGUUUCUGAUUGGCCUUCGCUCACGUCCUCUGAAGGAGGCGGAGCCUCAGCUGAUCCCCCUGAACCUCACACACUGGUCUGAUGAAUAAAGUCUUGUUUAUUAAUAACAAUCAGGAAAACGCCACAAGAGCCUGUUUAUGUUUCACACGUGACACGAAUGUUCUCCAUGUCUAACGGGUUCAUGUGGGACGAGAACAGGUGGAGAAUAUUUUGGGAGAAAUGUCUUUGACUGAAGUUCAUUGUUUUGUAUCUGAAAAGUAAAAAGACUCAGGACUCGUU